AUGCUGCGUCGCGCGUCUGUGCGCGUCUGCCUGGGACGCGCUCUGAGGCUCUCUUCUAUCCCUCCUCCCACCUCCACCUCCUCCUACCACUCUUCCCACCUCCCCAGAACAACAGCUUUCUUCUUGUCGCGCACCAUGUCUACCUUCCACCAGGAACCGCACAACAUCCCCGGACCCAUCGAAGUCACCGACGAGGUUCUCUACGCCAAUGCUCACCCCUCUAUGUCCCACAUCUCUCCAGACUUUAUUCCGGUAUUUGGUGAUGCCAUCCGUAUGACCAGGGAGGUCCUUUUCACCCAGGACGCACAACCCUUCCUCAUCGCCGGCUCCGGGACGCUCGGCUGGGACCAGGUCGCCGCGAAUCUCGUAGAGCCCGGUGAGAACGCCCUCGUGCUGAACAGCGGCUACUUUGGAGACAGCUUCGCCGAUUGUCUCCGGACGUACGGCGCGGUUGUCGACGAGAUCAAGGCGCCGUUCGGUGGGACCGUCCCUCUGUCUGAGAUCGAGGCCGCCCUCAAAUCCAAGAAGUACAAGCUCGUCACGUUCACGCAUGUUGACACAUCGACCGGCGUGUUGUCGGAUGCAAGGGGUAUUGCGGCGACCGUGCGCAGUGCGUCGCCGGACACUUUGGUUGUCGCCGACGCCGUCUGCUCCGUUGCCAGUGAAGAGAUCCGCUUCGACGCGUGGGGCCUCGAUGUCGUCCUGACGGCUAGCCAGAAGGGCCUCGGUACGCCUCCCGGUCUGAGUAUCCUUGUUGCCAGCCAAAGAGCCAUCAAAACUUUCGAGUCCAGGAAGAGCCCAGUCACGUCUUACUAUGCGAGCUGGACAAAGUGGCUCCCGAUCAUGCAAGCAUACGAGUCCGGAAACGCCGCAUACUUCGCGACGCCCCCUGUCAACUUGAUAUACGCGUACAACGCCUCGCUCAGGCAGAUCACCGGGGCGACGCCGUCGCUUGAGGAGCGCUUCCGCCUGCACAGGGAGAGCAGUCAGCGCGUCAAGAAGGAGGCAGAGCAGCUCGGCUUCAAGCAGCUGCCUCUGGACCCGUCAAUCGCGGCAAACGGGAUGACGGCGCUGUGGUUCCCAGAGGGACUGGCCGCGGCCGACCUGCUUCCUUCCCUUGCGAAGAAGGAUGUUGUCGUUGCUGGCGGCUUGCACAAGGAUUACAAGCUCAAGUACUUCCGUAUCGGCCACAUGGGUGUCUCGGCUAUUGACUCCCAGCGCGGAGAUAUCGACAAGGUGAUCGCGGCGCUGAAAGAGAGCCUGGCGGAGGCAAAGGCCAAGAAAGCGUAA